AUGGCCGAAACAGGCAACAUCGCCCCUGUUCUUGACGUCGCCGGUGCUGGCUUCCGACUCUCACUACUCCUUAAUGCAAUCAGUUCCGAGGUCUCAAAUGCCGGUCUCGAGGUCAAGAGCAUCCCAAAAGGUGUCACAAUUUUCUCGAUGAUGCUGAAGCACACCGGUCAAGUCCUCCAGGCGCCAGACUCAGUCCACUCCCAAGAGGCUGUUGAGACAGCGAAGUCAAUAGCAGACGAAAGCACAAGGGUCUUUGACGAGAUCAAGGACAUGUGGGUGCAGGCAAGCGCGCAGGGUGCAGACAACACCGCUUCUCCAUCUCUUCAACAGAGGUUCAGGCGGACUUUCAAGAAGCACAGGGUCACAUAUCUGCUCGCACAACUCGAGAGUCUCCAGUUAAGCCUCUCAGUCAUGCUGCAAGUAAUUCAGCUGGGAAAGGUGAUGGCGUCCACCUCACGAAGUGAUUCUCCGGACGAGGUCUCGGUGAAAAAGGAAAUGAUCAGUCAAGAGCGCGCCGAGGCUCAAAACGCUGUUAUUGUUCGUUACUGGCAGAUGAGCAACAUGGAUAUCUUGUUCGAAGCCUCGCAAAGGGAAGAGGAGGAGGACCGAAAUUCAAGUAUCUAUAACGGGACUGUGCGAGACUAUCAAGCAUCAGUCGUUGCCACAGACAGUUCUCAGCACACCGUCAACACCCUCCCUCCUAAGUACGCUGCCUCCAGGGCUUUGGUCAGGCUUCCAGUAUUUUCUCUAGGUGAGCUUGAUCAUACGUUGCAUCAAAUCAGAGACUCUCCUCGUGAUAUGGUUCAGGUGUCGGACCGGGCAAUCGAUCCUCUCCUCGAAAGAUGGACAAUCUGGCGUGAAAUCCGAGAAAGGCGCGACAACCGUGACUCGGGUUCAAGAUACGCUCCCUCAGUAUACAACCUUAACGAAGACGAUGAGGAGAUCCCUUUCCAUGAGCGAUACCAGGAGCGCGAAGACAGCCCUCGUGGCUAUUACCUAGAGGGUAUCACAAACGAUUGGAGGAAGCCAAAUUCUGCUUCUGCGCGUCAUGAGGCAUUCAAGAGACGAAAAAAGUACUCCAAUUACCAGCCCAGCGUGAGUGCGGCAAGCAGCGACGUAGAAGAUUCCCCAGGAGGGAGCACUAGCUCCAAAAAGGGUUCAUCAAUGCGCUAUGUUAUUGACUCCGGCUCAGAAUCAUCUGCCUCCGAAUCUGAAAUGGCUCAGCCGAAACCUCAACGCCGCGGUAGCAGCAGCCCGGCAGGUGAGCGGAGGAUACAAGUUCCUGGGGGAGACACCCCGGUGGCACACACCUUCACCGCACCGGCUCACCCACCGCCGUGGAUCACAGCAAAUUCUACUGGUGGUGUCCAUCGGCCGCCGUCCACCCAGCCCUCUGUGGGGUCGGCUCAGUCGACAGCAUCCAGGCUAUCGUCGCCGGCAUACCACCCACCAGGCCAUCGUCCAUGGGCGACACCCGACCAGAAUUUGACACAUCAUAGUGUCUCAUCACCUCUACUACCUGCUCACCCACCCACCGCUCCGAACCCAUUUAUGCCUCCGCAGCCUCUCUGCUUCCCCCGUUACGGGGGGCAGGUGCAGCCGCAGGUACAUCCGCAGGUACAGCAACAUAGGUACCCGCAACUCGCAACAUACACGCAGCCUUCUCGUCAAGCACGAUAUAGUUCUGAAAUGUCACCUCAAUGGAGCCUAGCACCACGACCGGUGUCUCAAGAUGGUAAAUCCGCAAGAUCGCCAUCCCGAUCAUCCCAGCAGGGCUUACCUAUUCGCAACCAUGACGAGAAGAGGCACGCGAGGGAGAAAUCGACGAAGCACAAUAUCCGAGAGAGUGCCACUAAGGGACUCCUAGGAGCUGGAGCGAUUGCCGGGUUUUUGGAAGCAUUGGAAGGCUUAAGUCUCUGA